AUGGCAUCUGACCAAUCAGGAGUUACCCGUGCCAUUACAAACCUGUCUACUCGGCUCUUUUAUGGAAAGAGGGUGACUGCUGUUGUGCCAGCUGACCCCGCCAUCAGUGACGAUGAGGGCUCUGAUGAGGAAGACGACGAUGUGGCAGACCCUGACUUCAUCCCACUUACCCACAAGAAGGUUGACCUGGACAACCAAGCCCUGCAUGUGUACCAGCACGUUCCCCCUGACUUCAUCGAGACUCCAUAUGCUUACUUCAGUAAGUACUUCAGCCCCCGUGUCAUCAAGCACAUAGCAUACCAAACCAACUUGUAUGCAACCCAGAAGGACGUCAACACCACCUUCACCACCACUGAAGAUGAGGUGAGGAACUUUGUGGCCAUCCUCCUCUACAUGGGGAUUUCUGAGCUGCCCUCCAUUGAGGACUACUGGGCAAUGGAGACCAGGGUCCCUCAAGUUGCAAACAUCAUGUCAUCUAAGAGGUUCAGGCUGAUGAGAAGGCUUGUCCACUUUAACGAUAACACCCAGAUCCCUGGCACCAUCGACAGAUUCUUUAAAGUCCGGCCACUGUUCAACCACCUGGUUACUGUCUUCAGGAGUGAGCCACAGACCCCCAAGCAGUCUGUGGACGAAGUUAUGGUUGCCUACAAAGGCAAGACAGCUGGCAACCUGAGGCAGUACAUCAAGAGCAAGCCGGACAAAUGGGGAUUUAAGUUGUUUGCCAGGGCUUCUGAGGAUGGCUUUAUUCAUGACCUGGUGCUAUACCAGGGCAAAACUACACUGCAGGCCCACAGUGUCCCCAUGACGUCUGAACAACAAGCCAUGGGUGUCACCAGCCAGAUAGUCUCUGUCCUGGCCAGCACCAUGUCCUCGUCCACCACCACAGCCAUCUUUGCGGACAACUUCUUCACCAGCCUGGAGAUAGUGCGGUACCUCAAAGACAAGAACUGCAGGUACACGGGGACAGCUAGGGACACCAGAAUAGGCAAACCUCCAUUGAAGUCCAUCAAGGACAUGGAGAAAAAGGCUGUCCCUCGUGGUGUACAUGACUACGUCACCAGUGAUGAUGGGAUCCUGGCCCUCAGGUGGAAGGACAACAGGGUCAUCUCUCUGCUGUCAACAGACAUGGGGGUGGAGCCCAUAUCCUCAGUCUACCGGUACUGCAGUGACACCAAGAGGAAGGAACCGGUAAGCUGCCCUGCAGUCAUCAAGAGCUAUAAUGCCAACAUGGGGGGCAUUGAUAAGAGUGACAUGCUGGUCCACCUCUACCGCACCCCCAUGAAAUCCAAGAGGUGGUACAUGCGGAUGUUUGCGUAUGCAAUAGAUGUCAGCCUCACGAAUGCCUGGAUCAUGUACAGGCGGGACAUCAAGGCUCUUGCUGUGGAUGAUGGCCUGUCAUUGAAGAACUUCCGGAUCCAGGUGUUUAGGAGUUGCAGCAGCCAGAGGCCAGUUAUGUCUCGCCCCCGAAGGAGCUCAACAUUUCCAUGUGCACCCAGCACCUCUGUUGAUGUCCCCAUGCCUAUCCGGGGACACCGCAGCCACACCCCAGAUGCUUCUUUGCGGUUUGACACGUCCCUGUUCCAUGCCCCUGUCUACACCAACCGCCAGACCUGCAAGUACUGCAGCAGGAAGGGGAACAUUUUUAGGUCAAAUGUGGUCUGCAGGGUCUGUAAGGUCCACCUGUGCCUCAAUGCUGAACGUAACUGCUUCAUCAAGUACCAUGAAGCCGUUGCCUAA